AUGGUGUUCCACAUUGCCAUUAAAGAUGUGGUUCUCUCGACUCUUUACAUUGCUCAUCAGUUCAACAUACCAUCAUUCUGGUUCAAAGCUGCGGGGGUAGGAAUUGGACUUGUGUUGCUGCUCACAACUACCGCUAUUAUCACAUUGCUGGCGAGAGCCAUCUUGAUUCCUCGUCGACUGAUUUCAUUAUCCGAUAAGAACCAAGAAGUUCUGGGCAAGCCCCUUCUUUUCCCGGUGAAGUUUAAUCAUACACGCUUCAUACCCGUGAAAGAUCAUUUUCUCAACCGAUUCCUUGUUGUGGGGAUUCCAGUUGGCCUUCGAUGUCGUAUUGGAGACCUAUUGGCCGUGGAUGACAAGUCUCUUGAGGUGACUCCCGCACCAGGAGUUACUGGAUGGUCUUGGAAGCGGACCAUUUCCCACUUUAGCUGCUGGUUCACUUUCGACUCUGCGCGAUUCUUGCAUAGAGGAGAUCACGGUGUGGAUCUGCGACAGAAACUGGACAAUUUCCUUCAAUCCCAGAACGAAGACCCUGCACAGUGGCCAUAUGCCUACCUUCUAAGUGUGCCCCAGUUCUUGGGAUGGUCCAGGAGUGUCGUGAGUUGGUGGUACCUAUACAAUGGAGACCGGGAACUCGACGCGGUCAUCCUCGAAAUCAAUAAUUCUUACUGGGAAAAACGAAAUGUUUUCUUGAGAGUCAGCCCUACCUCUGACGAGCCAUUGAGCCCUCCAGAGACCUCGAAUUUCAUCGAAUACCUUGAAGAUCGGCAGUUGGUGCAAACUGUGAAAUCAGCACCCCGAGCCAAAUUUUACAAAGGCAUCUGGAGCAAAUACAUUUUUGCUUCUCCGUUUGAAAAGGUGGACGGGUUGGUGUCCAAUCGUAUGAUGGACCCUCUGCAACCGGGUGCCUGGAAGUCCAACACAUCAUUUUCGAACAUGACAACUAUGGAGGAGUCAGGUGAAGUCCGCAUGGCAACCAGAUUGACAUGUGAUGGUCCGCCAAUCGAUCCAACCAAGAUGAGCUCCUUGGAUGUGGCCAGAUUCGUCUUCCAGUGGACUAUCCUGAGCAUUUUGACUACUCCGGAGAUCAUUAUCAAGGCGUUGAAAAUCAAGUUCAAGGGAAUGAUGGAGAUGAACUCCAAACCUCCUGUUCGGAGCGGUAGUGUUGGACGUGCGAUCACACCGGUGGAACUGAAGCUUGAGCCGUUUUUCCGCUCAUAUCUUGCCAGCUGUGUUGAGGCUUUCCCCAAGCCAGUUAAGCUAACCUACCUUCCCUGCCGGUCAUUUACCAACGACGCUAUUCACAUGAAAUCCCCCUCCUACCAAAAGGAUUCCCCUGAUACAAUUUCGCUUACUGUUGAACCGACCGAUCCACAACUCUAUGCCAGAUUGAUCAAUUACCCCGACAUGAAGACAGGACUCGCGCAAGAAGCCAAACCUACUGGACUUGCCGCUGACCCAACCUCUCAGCGCCUUAUCGUGUCUGACUCUGCUCUUCUGGACUCGAUCAUUCAUUCGUACUAUGAGGAUGUUUUCGCAUAG